UUACCAAUUAAACGCAGUCGUCGUCUAGUUUAUUGGUCUCUGGUCGUCGUUUCGUAUGUAAGAAAUGUAGAUAAAAAGACUGUAAAAAGUAUACAUUAGUAAUAAAAUAGAACCUUUAAAAAUAUGCAUAAACCACAUAUAUUAUCCAUCAUGAAGACAUUUUAAAAAUAAAGCAAUUGAAACAAAUUUUAUUGUAAAUGUAAUGUUAGUCAAUCAAAUUUUUUAAGCCAUGCCUUUAUUGAAUAAUAGCGAAAAGUGUCUCGGAUAUAAAAAUGCGAAAGUUAUUUCACAUCAUCCUUGGGAAAGAAGAAUAAAAGAUGAAUACGCAAAUAAAAUUAAACACGCCCAUAAUUCCAUUAAUAAUCCCGUCUUUCCUAAGGAAAACAAAAAAGGGACUGAUAAAAAUAGAGCUCAAUUUACUGUUAUUGGAAACAGAGUAACGAAAGAAUUCAUAUAUUGCAUACAUUUACUUAAAGGACUACACAAGUACAGGAGCAAGAAUUUUGAAGCUCCUGUUAUACGAGGUGUAACAACUGUGGAAUGGCCGUACGUGUGGAAUGAUUUGAAACUUCGAUUUGGAGGUCUGGCUUAUUGUCUCAAGUCUCAGUGUGCAGUCCUCCUCAAUGACAAGUUGCUUGGAGGCGAAAAUGAACUUAAAAAUUUAAUAGAAACAAAAUAUAGUUACCACAUCUGCCCAGAUUAUUAUCAAGAGAGUAUAAAUCAGUUUGCGACUUUUAUUAGGUCAUCUGGUAGACCGUGUGCAUACAUGCAUUUUUCUAUAAAUGAUGAACAUAUUGGUACUAUGAUAUUUAUGCUUUACGCAGAUUUAUUGCCACUUACGAGUGAAAACUUUCUCCGGUUGUGUAAAAGCAAAAAAGGCGGGUAUGGAGGCACUCCGGUACAUAGGAUUGUUAAGGACUGUUGGAUUCAAUGCGGCGGAUAUGGUUUAAAAAGCACAGAUUUGGCGUGCGAGAAUUUUAUUGUACCGCACGACAGACGUGGAGUACUUUGCAUGGCUAAUGACGGCAGGCAUAUGGACUGCUCAACACAAUUUUUCAUUCUACUCCAACCGGCUCAAUGGAUGGCACACAAAUAUGUUGCGUUUGGUCAAUUAAUCGAAGGAGAAGGUACCCUACAGAAAAUUGAAAAUGUGCCUACUUGGUAUGAAUCUCCAACGUCAGAAAUAAUAAUACACAAAGCAGGCAUAUUAAAUAUGGAAUGUCAGGAUAUCGCAAUUAAUAAAGGAACAGUUGACUACAUAGAUGGACACAUUGAAGAUCUUGUAGUAUUAGCGAACUUCUUUUAUGAGAUAAUAUUGGAUAAAGUGUUUCAAGAAGUUGAGGCGAGGCGUUUAGCUGCAUUAGAAAUGCAAGCUGCUGCCACCGACGUAUCAGAAAACGAAGCCGCUGGUAUUCGCUCUACGCAAAGAUUUCUCCAAAAGAAAGAAGAUAUAGAAAAACAAUUACAGAAGAGUCAAGUGAACGAAACCCGGAUAGUAUCGCGGUCUUCUCCUACACGUGACAAUGAGAAUAAUGACUUUGACGUUGAAGUAUAUGACUACGAGCCAGAAGAAUAUUCUUACCAACACGUAUCUUUUGGAGCAACCGCCAGCCCCGUGUUGAAACCAAAGCUGCCUUAUUACUUACCUUUAACCGAUGUGCCGUAUCGAGAUGAAGUUGAUUCCACACCCGACUUGAGAAAGUUCUUAAGAGGCGACUAUUGUCUAGAAAGUGAUCUUAUCAAAGAUGCCUCUAAGAAGAUUGUGAAACAUUCUCCCUUUCCAUCGGAACUUUUCAAAUUGGAUGAUGAAGAAUCAGAUGUAUCUUCUCAGGAAUCUUUGGAAUCUUUUGAAGAAAGAGAAAUCAGAAGAUAUUUAAAGCUAAACGUGGACCGCGUGAGUUUUGCAGGUGACAUCGUACGAGGCAUCGCAAAAGGAGUUGGGAAGCUCAAUAUAUUUGACGAGUCCAGAAAGUCUGAAUUGAUAAGUGAUAACGAACUAAGGAAAUUCCGCAUGGCAUCAGUAGAGUACCGAUCACGAGAUAAAAAAGUGUCAAUAACCGUCCCAGAUAUAGGUAAAACAGGACACAAAAAAAUAAAGCGCCGACAGACAGGCUUUGUAAGGCCGCAAGAUUUGGAAAGAGCUAUUAGGUCCACUACAAUGUUGGCCGAGGAAGAAGACUCUGCCACAGCCAUGACUAGGAAGGUGCGAAUAGCCCCUACGGCUGCAGGAACAUCAUCGCGCACGAUUCCUCCACGAAGACCCACCGGUUUCGUGCGAGCUCCCGAGGUCUACGAUUCCGACACUGAAGUAAAGAGACAAUCUGUUCUUACCAGAUUAUACGAUGAUUUGACACACGAAGAACCAUUAGUCGGACCUACAUUAAAAGAUUAUAAGCCUAUGUCCGAAACCCGCAAUAAGAAUAUGCUACUUCUAACUUUUUCACCAAAUUCGCGUAUAAAGAGUGACGAAAAUACGAGGGAGAGGUACCUUCGGCAUUCUGCCAACACAGAGGGAGAAUCUUACGAACAUGUUCUUAAUUUGCAACACGGUAAGAAAGUUGCACGGAAAAUAUCGUCAGAUUACGUAAACACGAUAGACCAAAUGGAGCAAAAACUCGAGAAUUCCAUACGAAGCAUCGAGUUUGCCAAAAUGCGACCUGCCAUCUCCGUCACAGAGUAUCAGAAAAAGAAUCAAAAACACUUGGAAGAAACGAGACGAACCUCCAAAUCUCAAGUGCAUACCGUUAUGAAGCCCAAGGCUAAUUUUGGAAAACAACAUUCUUCAGGAGGAUUACGAUUACCUGGGGACACGCCCCUGUAUUCCUCAGAAGUAAGAUAUGUACUUAUAUUUUUGUUUCGUCAUUCUAAUGAGAACUAAUAUAAAAAAAAAACUCUUAUUUACAGGAAGAUGAACAAGCCUCAUGAUUACUAUUUCUAAAACAUUUUAAUUAAUUUAGAUGUAUGUACUUUUAGUUUCGAAUAAAUGUUUCCUUUCAAA